AUGGUUCGCAUCGAUAAGGACGACCUCCCAACGGAGGAGCAGGACUUGUUUGAGUUCCUGUCUGAAGACAGCGACGACGGCGAAGAUGACGCUGAACAGGCUGAGGGGCGGCUCAAGGAGAAGCUCUCCCAGAUCGAGCCCCUCCUGCAGAUGGACUACACCUUCCCCUCCACGAUCGUCCUCGUCGGUGUGCCGAAGGUCGGAAAGGACAAACACGAGAAGCUGCGUCUCGUUCUCGACAAGAAGAUGGUUGAGGAGCUCUCCAAGAAGGGCGCAGAGAGCGUCAACGAGGGCCUCUCCAUCUCGAUGCCUGUCAACGAAGAGACCGGAAUGACGAAGGGGUACUGCUUCGUGACUUUCAGCAACCAGUUCAACGCACAGCACGCCGCCCAUCACCUGAACGGUUGGGCGCUCGACGCCAAGCACACAUUCCGCGCGGCACUGCUGGACGACUUCGACGAGAUCGUGGGCCGCGGCGCGAACUACCGCCCGCCCAUCAAGUUGCUCGGCUUCACCCGCGAGAACUUCCGCUGGUGGCUUCUCGACCCGCGUGGCCGCGAACAGUUCGUCAUCCGCUAUGCUGACGAGACAGAGAUCUACUGGCACGAUCCCAUCGAGCGCGACUGUAGCGUGCUGGUGUAUAACGGCCACCGCGAGCGCGCCGACGGCAAGCGCGUGUGGACGGACUUCCGCGUUCAGUGGUCUUCUCAGGGCUCCUUCCUCGCCACCUUCCACCGACCUGGAAUCGCGCUGUGGGCCGGCGAGAACUUCGAGAAGAAGGUUCGCUUUGAGCACAAAGACGUCAAACAGAUCGAGUUCUCUCCCAACGAGACCUACGUCAUCACCUGGGACGGCAGCCCCAGUCAGCUCCGCAACGAGAAGGCCGUGCGCAUCUGGAAGGUCAUGACUGGCGAGCUGCUGCGUCAGUUCCCCACGCCGGCGCACUCUCCGCGAGGCGGUGAGUAUCCGCACUUCUUCUUCUCCCACGAUGACCGUUACGUUGCGCGCAUGGGUGAGAAAGAGCUCUGCGUCUACCAGAUGGAGUGCGACGACGAGCCCGAGACCGCCGACGGCGAAAAGACUGACGAGAAAGCGAGAAAGGGCCAGGACCGGCAGGCCGUGCGUCUUCUCCGCGACCCGAAGGACGGCAAGCUGUCUUCGCUGAAGUAUCCUCUCGAGAAGUUCGAGUGGUCGCCGACGGAAAACAUCAUCUCCGUCUGGAUCAAGGGAUCCGAGGACGCGCCAGGUCGUCUGCUGUUGGUUGAGAUCCCCAGCCGUCGCGAGUUAAGCAGCAAGAACGUGUAUAACGUGAAGGGCGCCUCCAUGCAUUGGCAAUCGAAGGGUGACUUCCUUUGCCUUCGCACCGCUGUGUUCAAGAAGACCGGCAAGAAGGGCCGCAAGGAGUUCACGCAGUUGGAGAUCUUCCGCAUGAGGGAGAAGGAUAUCCCCGUCGACAACGUGCAGCUCAACGACGUCGCUGUGCAGCUCCACUGGGAGGAGGGCUACAGCAAAAGAUUUGCGCUUGUUGUCCACGACGAGCAGACGAGCAACCAGGCUCUCCGCUUCUACCGUGUGUGUGACGCCAGCGAAGACGGCAAGAGAGACACGUUGCUGAUCUAUUCGUUCGACAUCAGCGGCUACAUGAACUACAUGAAGUGGUCGCCCUUCGGCUCCUACUUCAUCCUUGCCUCCCUGGGUUUGGACGGAACUCUUCUCUUCUGCUGCCUCAACGAGCAGGACACUGUGCAGGUCCUUCACAUGGAUGAGCACUUCAUGGUCAACGAAGUGAGGUGGUCAGCCUGCGGUCGCUACCUCAGCACCGCUGUCGUGCUGCCGAUGCUGCCCAGCAGCAGCACCGCCUCCUUCCGCCUCGGUUCCAACACAGGUUACAACAUUUGGACGUUCCAGGGCAAGCUGCAGUAUAAGUGCCAGAAGGAUCAGUUCUACCAGUUCCUGUGGAGACCACACCCUCCGUCGCUCCUGAAGAAGGAGAAGAUCGAGGAAAUCAAGAAGAAAAUGAAGGACUACAGCAAGCGCUACGAAGCCGAGGAUGAGAAGCUGCGGCUGGAACAGCGCUCUGCCUUUAUCCGCCAAAGAAAGGAGGAGAUGGAUGAGUUCACCAAGGUCCUCGACCAGCUCAACCAGUGGAAGGUCGAGCACGAGCAGUACGACGAGUGGCAGCUCGCGUAUGCGACGUUCGACGCGCAGUUCGACUGGGAAGACAAGGAAGAAAUUAUUGAAGAGGAACUCGAGGUCAAGGAGGAGAUCAUCACAUAA